AUGGACGCGUACUGCAAAGCAGUCCGGCGCCUGGAGGAAAAAUUCGACGGCCUCGAGCUUAACCACGUGUUAAGAAAAUACAAUGAGGCCACCGAUGCCCUCGCCAAGAUGGCAUCCGAGCGGGCCACGGUCCCCUCGGAUGUCUUCAUCAGCGACCUCUACAAACCUUCCGUCGACUACAAAGACGACGUAGGAUCGGAUCAACCCCCAGUCGACUCGGGCCCUGAUCCCGAGGUCUCCGUAGUUCAUGAGCAGGAGGCCAUGGACAUCGACUCCGAGCCCCCUGCACCAGACGACUCACUAGACUGGCGCUAUCCCUUGCUGCGAUGCCUCGUCGACAACACCUUGCCCGCAGACCAAGCUGAGGCACGACGCAUGGCUCGUCGGGCCAAGACGUUUCUCCUCCUUGACGGAGAGAUGUACAACCGUAGCCCCUCGGGCAUUCUUAUGCGCGGCAUUCCCCGACAAGAGGGAAUCAAGCUCCUCGAGGACAUACACUCGGGGGCCUAUGGCCAUCACGCCGCGCCUCGGAUGCUAGUAGGAAAUGUCUUCCGACAAGGCUUCUACUGGCCCACCGCCGUGACCGAUGCCAUGGAGAUCGUGCGGACCUGUGAGGGAUGCCAGUUCUACGCUCGGCAGAUCCAUCUCCCCGCUCAUGCUCUGCAGACGAUCCCCAUCACCUAG